ACGACGAGCCACUAAUAGAGCCAAGAAGCAAGAGGUUCGACCAAUUGGUUUUUCAUUCGCAAAAUAUCUGCGAAUUUGCCUCCGAAUCGGAGGAGCUGACUGCAAUUCUGCACCGUGCGUACGAUAACGUCAUGGCCGAGAUGGAAUCAUUAAAAGCCAAAAGGAAGGGGACAUCUUCUUUAUCCCACGAAGACGCCAACUUGGAAUCCGUUAACGAGCUUCAAAGCCCGCCAAGGAUUCGAACAAGAGGACGUCAAAAAAACAGGCUAGGUUCAAAGCUGGAGAAACAGAUCGCAAAUGCCACAAAGAAGAAGAAGACGAAAGUUUUAAGCGAGAUAAACCUGUUUGAUUCUGCAUCAGCGGCGCAUUCAAAUUGCAGCCAAUAUCAAGGACACGUUAUGAGUUAUCAGUUCAGGGUACCAGCAGCAGGGGAUAACUUCUUGGGUGUAUAG